CUCAUCUGAACGUACUUUGCAUAUAUAUAACUUUCGCAGGUAACGUGAAUCAGAAGUUCCCUCGAAUGACACCACGGGGCUAAAUCCGGAGUCCUUUAGUGACUCUUUCGCCGCUCUGAGGAAGGUCCCUGGAUCUGUGGCAGGAAGUGUCGUAGCUAAAUAGCCACAUACGAUGACAGUCAAGUUGCAGUGCAAACUUUUGCUUCGGCAAACUUCGCGAUGUACCCAGGGUAUCCAGUGAGAAAAGUUCCCCCUUGAAAAUGAUCAAACAAUAAGUUCUCUUGUCGGGUGUGCGAAUAAUGUGUUGCGAAAUUGAUCGAGAAGAAAUACCAACGAAUCGCAUCAACUGUCAACGAAUGAAGUUAUGAUAAGGUGCUUCUGACAAAAUGUUUUCGAUAAGAUUCAUAAAAAAGUCCAGCGCAGCACUAAGUCCGCUCAAGCAGCAGUAUAAGCUGUAUUGUACAUCAAGAAAUACAGUACAAUCUACAGUCGCUACUUCAGUUGGAAGUUUGCGAUUCUACAGUAACAGCCUGUCCAAAUGUUGGAAUUGUGACUACAUGUACAAAUCGGAGCUGUUCUGCUCGAAGUGUAAAGUAUUGCAGGAACUGCCGCAGAAUUUGAAUUACUUCGACAUCAUGGGAAUUAAGAAAGAUUAUAAUGUGAUAAACGAAGAUAUUCAUAGAAAAUAUAGGGAAUUGCAAAAAAUGCUGCAUCCUGAUAAGUUUGGCAACAAAUCUGAGAAGGAAAAACAAAUCUCAGAAGAUGUAUCGUCCCUAGUAAACAAGGCUUAUAGCACUUUGGCACAUCCAUUAAAAAGGGGGUUGUAUAUGUUACAAUUAAAGGGUAUAUCUAUACCAGAAGAUACUAUCAAUUUGGACUUAGAAUUUCUUAUGGAAAUUAUGGAACGCAAUGAGGAGAUAGAAAGUGUGAUUGAAGACAAAGACAAAGUCUUGGAACUGGCUAAGAAAUCCAAAGAAGAGCUCGAUAUUCUGUCAAGACAAGUAGCGGAAGCAUUUUGUAAGGAAGAUAUUAAAACGGCAGCGAAGAUCUUAACAAAAAUGAAAUAUUAUGACAGUAUAAAUAACAGGUUAAAGAAAUUGAAGCAUGAUUUAGGUAUAGUAGAGUAAGUAUAUUGCAAAAAAAAUGUAAAUCUGUUAUAAAAUAUUUAUGAGGCAUCACUGACUUUGAGAAAUAAGAGAAUAUUCCCAUGUAUUACAUGUAUAUAUGUAGAUUUAUACAUAUAUCUUAGAUCAUGUAUGUAUGUAUAUACAUCAUUUAAUUUCUUAUUAUUUAAUGACGGAAAGGAUAAAAAAGAUAAUGUGAAAGUACAAUAUGACAAAUAUUGA